AUGAUCUGGCAUCCUCUCCUCCCACUCCUCGCCCCCUUCUUCCUUGCGAGGUUCGGCCUUCCGCUAAGCGACUGCCAGUUUCAAUUGGGGGUCAAUCGUUUUGAUGCCCUUGGGGGAGACCGAGAUUUGUUCUUUAAGCAGGAGUCGCUGAAGAGCCAGAACGAAAUCUUCAAGGAGCUUUUGGACUCCGCCAUAGACCCGAAUGAUAAAGAUGCACGUUACCUGGGAUUUCCAUACUACCUGAAAAUCAGCCUGAGCUGUGCCCGCCAGGACUCAGCAAGAGCCGUUCGGAAGGCUCACUACAGCGGAGUCUUCCCCAUUGUGACCAUUGCUUUCGAAGAACCUGUCCACCCCGUGCUUCAGAAACCAGAGCAGCUGGAGAUCGAAAUGAGAGCUGCUCCAUAUAGGAUUUCAGGUUGCGAUAGCGAGGAGCUGUGUGAGAUGUGCUGGUACACGCCCAUGCCGAUCAUGAAUGGCAGCGUGGUGAUGACUGUGACGGUGAGGGACAAUAGCCUGGGGUUUCAGGUGUCCGGGAAGAGGAUGUACAUGAACAUUAACGGCUACUUGAGAGAAACAAACUCGGGCCCCGAAUUCAGCGUUGGAGAACGGAUGGCCAGUGUGAAAGGCUACCUGUCCUUGAAGGAUGUGUCACGCCCCUUGUGGCGGACUUACAGACAAGCCCCCGUGCUCAUCCUCGGCGGAAUUCCUAACAACAAGGUCAUCCUCUUGUCGGACACGGGCUUUAACGAUUUCUUUGUAAUAGAGGCGGCCAUCGACAGUUGCUGGAUUAGUAGCCGGAAGUGCCGCUGGGACCAGUUUUCUUCAAGCAUCGUCGACACCGUCUCCACAGAAAGCACCCUUUUCAUCCGCCAAAACCAGCUGAUCUAUUACUUCACAGGAAAUUAUAGCGCCUUAUACAUGAACGCCUCAGGAUCUGAGCUGUGGACCCGCAUACUGGCCAAGCAGUGCGUGAGGAAGCUGAACCCGGUGGAUUUCCCACAUAAUAACACCGAAUUCGUGCUUGCCCUCGGCGGGGGCUGGCAGGAAGGCGAAUUCUUCCUCAUCUCGGUGUCAGAACGGUGCAAGCUAAAGUGGGUCGUGUUUGCUACCGAAAUAAACAGAUUCUAUCUGCUGGUAGAAACGACACUUCACGGCAACGUUUCUGCUUACUACACCAUGGCAUACCACCAAGACACCGAGCAUUAUGAGGUUCUUUCCUUGACUCCUCAGUUCAUACCUGAGUGUAAGAAACAGUAUUCUUUGAGGUCCAUUUAUGACCGUGAGGCCAAUGAUCAAGGGUUUGUGGUGAUAAUCGGGCAGGUGAAAUAUACAAAUAUCCCCAUGGUCCUCCAAGGCAUAGCCUAUAAUCCCUUCAGCCGCAUCUUCUACCUCUGGGGGAACGUGAUAUUGCAAAGUACCGACUUGAAGAGUUACCUCUACCUCUCCGACUUCUUCAGCGAUUCCCCCGUCAAGUAUUUUAUUCACUCCUACAGUGGGCCUUUUGCAUUUGUGACCGAAAACGAGGAGGUCUGGUUCUCCAAUGAAGUCAGCUCCAUCAUCAAAAGAGUCUUUCCGUCCAGGGCGUGGACUCUACACAGCAGCCUGCAGAAGAUGAGCGGGUCGAAGAUAUUUGGGCUGCGAGAGUCGCCGGUCAGUGUGUUCUAUGACAAGGAGGAUCUGCAAGAGCUGAUUUACAUGGAGGAUGACCUCGGCAAUGGAAAGCUAAUCAAGAGGUCAUUCCCGCUGCGGUUUGUCCUGACCUACAAUCAGAUUAUUGAGCGUCCUCAGCAGGUGUUUUCGCACGAGGGCAAAGACUACAUCAAGUUCAGCCACUCCUGCCCCUUUGCCAGGGUGCGCAUAGUGGAUCUGCCUCUUCCACAGCGCUACAGCCGGAAGGAACAUUACCGUGCCGAGCCACCAGACAUCAUGGAGAAAACUGGCUUCCAUGACAAGAAGUCUCUGACUGUCUACCAGGGGCUGAUCUUCCAGCUGCUCUGGCUGCACUUGGCUUACAACAGACCUUAUGCAGAUCCCGUCCAUGACCCCACGUGGCGCUGGUGGAAAAACAAGAUAGAAGAUGCGCACUACUAUUCCUACGUGGCCAGCAACAGGAACUCUUCAGGGGGCGUUUACGUCAACAUGGCCAAGUACGUCAAGAUCUACAACUUGGGGUCAGGCAACGUGUGGCCCGAUACAAUUUUCCUGGACAAGAGGAACUCCUACAACUUCUCCGUAUUCUUCAGCAUCAGGACAAAAGAACAGAGUCUGGGGGAGUCAGCAGAAGAAAACUCCCUUGAUUACGUGUGGCUGACCAUCACUGUGGCCCACCCUGAGUAUGUGAAUGUGUUCAUGGAAAGGACAGAACUGAUCAGCAGAGGCGCUGUGUUAUAUAAGGUGGAGGUUGUGGACGUUGGCAUUUACCCCAGGCAGGACCUCAGCGGGAAGAAGCUUCUGAAGAGCGCGAUGAUCUUUAGCGUUGCCAAUGCAGUAACCAAGUGUUAUGAUUACAGCUUCAUUGGACCACUGACAAAGGGCUACCGUGUGUUGCCAGUCGUUGUCGGUUGCCCCCCGGGCAGGAGGCUGGCCUUUGACAUCACAGGAACUUUGGAGUACACCACUAAGAAGAACAAGCGCUACUUCGACUGUGUCAACCCGGAUCCCGAGAUGCCCUGCUUCUUCUUUAAUGAUGUGUUCUACCCUUCCUUUUUGAUCCAAGACAUGGUGACGGGAGACUCGGGCAUCUUCGAGGGAAGCUACAUCUUCAAAAUCAUUGGCGGGGGACCAUAUUCAACGGAGAACAUCCGCUACUUCAGCACAGACGAGAUCUUGCGCUACAACUCAAACAAUGUCAGUGAAACUUGGGGUCACAUCUGGCUCAGUGCCAACACCAAAGGGAAUGCAAAGGACAGUGAGGGCUUCCCUAUUCUUAGCAGGUCCGACAAUGGGAUUGUAUGGGUCUGCCAGGAACACUCCUCCUGUUACGACAUCUUGCCCCGAGAUAUGUUGGCUCCUCAUUAUUUCUUCGUGGUCAAAGUAACAAACAGGGGGGUGGACCAAACCACCUAUUGCGACUACGCCUUGGAGUUCAUCAUCCAUGUCCACGGCCUGCAUCUCAGCCCCUCCCGGGCCAUCUUCCUCAUGAAGGUUUCCAUGAGUUCUGUGGUUGGUCUGGUCAUCCUGUACGUGAUGAUGUACAUCCUGACCCCCAAGGUCAAGGCCCUCUGCUCCAGGUUUGCCAGGAGGAUCGAGGAAGUAGUGAUUUUACGGACAGGGUCCAGCGCCACCUUCUCAUCUUCAGUGACCAGCCGAGGUUCCCAGAACUACUUCCUCACCCUGUCUGAGGGAGAGUGCUCCCCGGGUAAAGGGUUCCUGGCUGGAGCCCUGAAGGGUCCUGAACAUUGGUACCUUCCGUUGGGAACGUCGGACGAGUUCCCCGACGACCCUACUCUGCUGCAUGACGUUCUUGCUGAGGCGCUGCGGACUGGUGCGGAGAUCAACCGCCUAGUUGGACUUAUUCGGGUUCAGUGGCAUCGCCUUGCUGAAACGACCCCCUGGACGACCCACGACGCAGAUCAAAGUGCCCAGCACAACCUCCGGACACUAGACAGGUUGUUGAAGGAAGUUCGGCUGGCGCAGGAGGAUUUAGCAACGUUGACCCGCUUGCUAGCAAGAUUGACAGUGCGUGAGGCGCAACAGGAGCCGGCGGCAGCCCCGAUCCGCCCCGUGUGUGACUUCCCAUGGCUGGAACGUGGGUGGAGGGCCCCCCGAUGUCAACCAUUCCCGAUCCCAACGUGUGCCUAA